GAAGCCCACACGAACAACGUCUGCAAGCUUGCAACAGCCCAGCCCAGCCCAGUCCCUCUUUAUUUCAAGUGCCCAAGGCAUUCGCCCGUUAGCACCUUCACUACCCAUCUGACAAAAACAGAAAAAAUGGGAAAGGACGUAACGGAGAAGAAGGAGAAGAAAGACAAGAAAGACAAGAAGGAGAAGAAGGAGAAGCAUCGGGCGUCGCUGGACGGGGGCGUGACGAAGGCGUCGUCGUCCAAGAAGGACAAGAAGGAGAAGAACAAGGCGCUGGUGAAGGCGAAUGGCGAGGUCACGGAUGCGCUGGAGAAGGAGUUGCUGAAGGGGGAGGAUUCGACGAUGAUUGAUGUGCGAGACAUGGAGAAGGAGGAGGAGGGUGUGGUGUUGAGGGGCGCGUUGGUGCCGUUUGCGAAUCCCCUGGCCGAGGACGCGAAGGAGGUGAAGAAGAUUCUUAGGACAGUGAAGAAGUCCGCCAAAACCAAGACCCUGCGCCGCGGCGUCAAGGAAGUCGUCAAGGCGCUGCGCAAGUCCGAGACGUCCGCCCCCUCGUCGUCCGACAUCUCCAACCCGCCCGCCGUCGUCGUCAUCGCGGCCGACAUCUCGCCCAUGGACGUCAUCUCGCACCUGCCCGUGCUCUGCGAGGACCACAACAUACCCUACAUCUACAUCAAGUCGCGGGCGGAGCUCGGCGAGGCGAGCGCGACCAAGCGGCCCACGAGCGUCGUCAUGAUUUGCAAGGAGAAGAAUAAGAAGGGCAAGGAGGUCAAGGAGUCGGAUGUGCAGGAGUUUGAGGAGGCGUAUGCCGAGUUGGUCAAGUUGGUGGUCAAGGCGACUAAGACGGUGCGGAUUUAGGUUCGAGAUGUGCGGCAGGCGGUGCGCUCUAUCUAGGGAAGAUGUUUGUAUUAUGGUUUGCAAGAGAAAAUGUGCUUUGGGAAUGGCGUUUGGGAGUUUGGGAAUCUGGGGCCUAGGACUCGCUCCGUAGGUUCGAGUGGGCUGAGCAAUCUGGUCGGUAGUAUGUGUGGGUGGGAAAUCAUGGGAGUGAUAGAUCUUUGUUGUCCUAGACUACCUCCAGGGUAAGGGAAUCAAGUCGUUGUGCGAAUAUAAUGAUCGCUGAUGCAAUCUACAUCUCUCUUCUUGCAUGCGGAGUGUAUAGUGGGCAAGUAUGGU